UGACUUAAUGGUGACAGUUACUCUUUUAUUGAAGUGCCAACAAAAAAAAAUUGCAUUUGCUAACAGUACAAGAUUUAUUAAAGAACAAAGUUAAUUCACUAGUUUUCAGUAGUUACUAGUUAGCAGCAAGCUGCAAUUACAAUUUAAAUGUUGUAGGUUCAAAAGGGUUAAGUUUAUUGACAGUAUAAGAUAAGGUAAUCGCGCGCAGAUAGUACAAACAAACUAAAUCGCUCAGACAUAUAGAACUAGCACAGUUGAAUGUUGUGUUCAAGAUAAAUAAUUAAAAAAUGAAAGCUAUCGUCCGCUCUGGAAAACUUAAAACUGGGUCUGGUGAGAAGCCAAGCAUGCAGCUGGCAGCCUCUGAUGCGAUGUCCCACCUUCAACACAUGUGCAGCCUAGACGUUGACUCCAAGGCUUCUUAUGUUCGUCUGUCUGGCAUCAUUUGUACUAUCGGGCCGGCUUCCCGAAGCGUUGAGAUGUUAGAGAAGAUGAUGGAGACAGGUAUGAAUAUAGCCCGUAUGAACUUCUCUCAUGGCUCUCAUGAGUACCACGCUGAGACAAUUGCAAACUGCCGUGAGGCUGAGAAGAAUUACAGCAAGAAACUCGGAGUGCCUUUCUCUCUGGCUAUUGCUCUUGACACUAAAGGCCCCGAGAUCAGAACUGGACUUUUAGAAGGUGGUGGUUCCGCUGAAGUAGAAUUGAAGAAGGGUGAAACAAUCAAGCUGACAACAGACCCCGCGUACCAAGAGCGCGGUACCGCAGCUGUCGUUUUUGUCGACUACAAGAACAUCACUAACGUAGUGAAGCCCGGAAACAGGAUUUUUAUCGACGAUGGGCUCAUUUCUGUCAUCUGUCAAUCGUCGACAACUGACACUUUGGUGUGCAACAUUGAGAAUGGAGGUAUGCUCGGAUCAAGGAAGGGUGUGAAUUUGCCUGGUUUGCCCGUUGACUUGCCGGCGGUGUCAGAAAAAGACAAGUCUGACUUGAUCUUUGGUGUUGAACAAAACGUGGAUAUGAUCUUCGCUUCGUUCAUUCGUAACGGAGCAGCUCUUCAAGAGAUCCGCGGCAUCCUCGGUGAGAAAGGGAAGAACAUCAAAAUCAUCUCCAAGAUCGAAAACCACCAGGGAAUGAUAAACCUUGAUGAGAUCAUUGCCGAAUCAGACGGUAUCAUGGUGGCCCGUGGUGACCUUGGAAUUGAAAUCCCACCAGAAAAGGUAUUCCUUGCCCAGAAGACAAUGAUCGCGAGAUGUAAUAAGGUUGGUAAAUCAGUAAUUUGCGCGACUCAAAUGCUGGAAUCCAUGGUUAAGAAGCCCCGCCCCACCCGCGCUGAGACGUCAGAUGUCGCGAACGCAAUCCUAGAUGGCGCCGACUGCGUGAUGCUGUCAGGCGAGACGGCGAAGGGUGAUUAUCCCCUGGAGUGUGUUCUCACUAUGGCGAACAUUUGCAAGGAAGCGGAAGCCGCUAUCUGGCACAAGCAGUUGUUCAUCGACAUGGUUGCUCAGGUGAAAUCAAGUAUCGAACCAGCGCACUCAGUGGCGAUCGCGUCCGUAGAAGCCUCUACCAAAUGUAUGGCGUCCGCCAUCAUCGUGAUCACCACUAGUGGAAGAUCCGCGCAUCUCUUGAGCAAGUACCGACCCAGAUGUCCAAUUAUUGCGGUCACCAGACAUGCUCAAACUGCUCGUCAGGCACACCUUUACCGGGGAGUUCUGCCCAUUGUUUACCAAGAGGGCGUGGCCAGUGAUUGGCUGAAAGACGUAGACAACCGCGUACAGUACGGGAUUCAGUUCGGCCGCGGUCGUGGCUUCCUUCGUACUGGAGAUAAUGUUGUGGUAGUCACUGGAUGGAGACAGGGCUCCGGAUACACCAACAAUAUGCGUAUCAUCCAAGUGGAGUAAAAUCUCGGAAGCGCCAAGGGCUGAACAUAUAACAUAUUUCCGUCAAGUAUUAGAGCAAAUCAGCAGUGAUACGCGCACGCACGUGUGAUAUUAUAUAAGCUAUGUACGAAAUUAUCUAGCCUAGGAAAUAUUAUUUAUUAUGCAAAAAGUUUAAUAGUGUUGCGAUUGUAAUGCUUAAUAAAACAUUUUAAUGUUGA